AGAGUUUGACAACAGACAGAAAAGUAAUAAACAAAAAUUAUCGGUAAAUAAUAUCAAGCGGUAUUCACAAAUGAUGUCACUUUUGAUAUUUUUAAGCAUUUUUUCUUCUGUUAUCUAAUUUCUUUGUAAUCAUGGUGAGCAUAAUAAGAAGUACAAAUACAAAUUCUGGAGGUGCCACCUUUUUUAGCGAUUCUGACAUGAUGGAUAAUCGUGAAUUGCAACCCAUCCUUGAAAAUUAUGGAACAUUUAAACCACUUAAAACUGUACCAGCGUUUUCCAUACACCUGCUUUAUACCCUUGGAUUAGAAAUAAUGGCAAUUACUUAUGCUUUUAUCCAUCCUGAUGAAAAAAAUAGAUGUAUGGAAUAUUUCGUGAUUAUUUAUGCUCAUAUUGGAUUGUGGUUUUUGACUUUAUUGGUGGAUCAAAUAGCUCGUAUGAAGCACUUCAAUUUGCGAAUUAAUGGAUACCUAGAUUUUUAUAAUAAGAUUCGUAUCCAACAUAGACUCCCAUUUUAUGUAGUCAGUUUAUGGAAUGCUGUUAUUAUGCUUAUCCAGACAGUAAUGCAACAUUUUUAUCCUGAUAAUUUUGAAGAGGAGUGCUUGAAAGGAGGAAUUCUGUCUCCAAUAAGUUACCUUUGUGCUUUUAUAACUGUGGAGUUUCUUGUGAUUGCAGGAGUGAAUAUUGAUUAUAUAGUGAAAGUACGAAGAUUCAACAUGCAGAGAAUGCCACCAGAUGUCCAAAAAGAAGAAUGGGCCACUGCUUCUAAUAUUGAAGGUUUAAAUCAAGCGGAAAUAGGAUACAGACAGUUGGGUGAUAAAUUUUAUGAUUUUGUUGAGAAACAGGCUGAUUUGAUAAGACAUCUUAAGGAGCAUAAUGAAAAACUUGGAGAAAAGAUAGUCGAACUGAAUACACAAUUAAGAAAUCAAAAUUCUGCUCAAAACUCCGAACCAUGAUUGAUGCUCAAGAGAUGAAAUUAUAAAAUUCACUGGCUCGUGCUGGUGACUAGUGCUGCGUCUUGAUACUAUGGAAUAUUCUCGAAUUGUUGAUUCAAGAUUGUUGUGUGUUUUAGGAUUUAACAGAUUUUCAAGUAUAUAUUUUUUUACAAUGUAACGUUAUGUUUAGUUGUGUGUAAAUAAAAUUGUAAUGAUAUUCAUUUCAAUUACAAACCAUUCAAUACUGA